AUGGCGGUUGGCUCGCUUGCUCGCAUGCUCAAGGGCCAGGUGCGGUGCUACUCCGCACCGCUGGACAUGGCCAUUCCGGCCUCCAAACAACGCUAUAUUCCCACAUCCGGCACCUAUCCCAAGGGGUUCAAGGUGUCCGGCACACAUGUCGGGGUCAAGGCCUCCAACACUCGCUUCCCCGACCUGGCGCUCAUCGCGUCCGACACGCCGUGCUCGGCCGCCGCGGUCUUCACCACCAACAAGUUCCAGGCUGCACCGGUGCAGGUCAGCAAGCAAACGUUGAAGAGUCGUCAGGGUGAGGGGAUCCGGGCGGUCGUGAUCAACUCGGGUUGCGCCAAUGCGGUCACUGGGAAGGGGGGUCUCGAAGAUGCGGUGCAGAUGGGCCGAGUGGUGGAUGAGUGCAGCGGAGCGGAGAAGAAUAGCUCCCUGGUGAUGAGUACGGGGGUCAUCGGACAACGUCUACCGAUCAAGAAAAUCCUCGCUCGCAUCCCCUCGGCGCAUGCUUCCCUCGAUUCCACCCACGAUGCCUGGCUCAGCACCGCGCGUGCCAUCUGCACCACGGAUACGUUCCCCAAACUGCUCUCGCGCACUUUCAGCCUGCCCUCCUCUCCCGACCGAACCUACAGUCUGGCCGGCAUGACGAAAGGCGCCGGCAUGAUCCACCCGAACAUGGCAACCCUCCUGGGAGUUCUCUGCACCGAUGCCGCCGUCGAACCCGCCGCUCUCCAAUCCAUUCUCAAGCACGCCGUAUCUCGCUCCUUCAACUCGAUCUCAAUCGACGGUGACACCAGCACCAACGACACCAUUGCCGUCCUCGCCAACGGUGCCGCCGGCGGGGAGACCGUGCGCGCUCCCGCGGCGGGCUCCGCCGCCAGUGCCGACUACCACGCCCUGCAGACCAUCUUCACCGAGUUCGCCCAGUCGCUCUCUCAGCUCGUGGUUCGCGACGGUGAAGGCGCAACCAAGUUUGUGACUGUCCGUGUUCGCAACUCACCGGACUAUGAAUCUGCACGCCUGAUUGCCUCGACCAUUGCUCGGUCACCCCUGGUGAAGACCGCUCUGUAUGGCAAGGACGCCAACUGGGGCCGGAUCCUCUGCGCUGUGGGCUACACGCAGGGCGUGAAAGACGGUGUCGUGGUACCCGAGCGUACCUCUGUGAGCUUCCGCCCUGUGGACGGUAGUCCCAUUCUCAAGCUCCUGGUGAACGGGGAGCCGGAGGCGGUCGAUGAGGAGCGCGCCAGUGUCAUUUUACAGAAUGAAGAUCUGGAGAUCGAGGUUGAUCUGGGUGGUGGCGAGCAAGGUGCCGCCGGCUGCGGUGGGGAGGAUGCUGUGUAUUGGUUCUGCGAUUUUAGCCACGAGUACGUGACGAUUAACGGGGAUUAUCGCACUUGA